UAUCGAAAAUUAAGUGGGUAGGUAGAUGUGCUCAUCAUUGUCUCAAUCGUACCUUCUGUAGAUUUCCCUGUUUUGCAGCCUUCCAGCUCCCCGCUCCUUCCUCGUGCAAAUCCAGAACUGAGUUUCUUUACAUCAUUUCAUCUGACACCUCUCCUUCCAUGCAUCUAUCCUCUGAUAUCUUCAACAUCCUCAUCACCACUCUCCUUUCUCUAUCUAUCUUUACCAUUACCCCUCAGCAGACACCACUUCUACUGGAAACGCUCCAUUCAUUACAUGCCUGGCGACUUGUACGGAACUGUUGAGGUUAUCCCGUCGCUGCGUCGGCGAGCCUCAACAGAGUACAGUACUGGCCUCGACUAUACCAGCUGCCUACUUGUGGACGAAGAUAUCGUCUCUCGCGUUCGCUCACUUCUGCUAUCGCGGAACGAACACUGGCCUCCUCGAACUCCGUACCCAUCCGACGAGCCUUUCACACAGCCAGACGGCUGCGAGCUUGUUUCCGGAUUCGACUUCAGCUCAGCGAAGAGUGUUGCCAAACUAGCCAGGCAAACCACUGGACGCCUCAGCGUCCCGGACAUCAGGCGAGCACUUUCGAAAAGCGAUAUGGCGGACCUGAAGCCAGUUCAGCCAAAACUCAAGUCCAUCCUGCACACGUCUAGUUCUGCCAAUGAACUGAAAGUUCCUGGUGAAUUUACCCCUGAACCGCGGAAGUUUCGAUUUCCAAAGUUGGUCUUGCAAGAUAAGAAGAAGUCAGAGCUGGAAGGGAUCAAGUCAUGUGUCGAAAUCAGUCCCCUUGUGCCUAUCAACGACGAGGAACUACAUCAGACGGAAUUGGAAUGCUGCCCUCCAUGUGAUCCUGCUGAUCUACAACCAUCGAAAUACCUUGUCAAGCACCCAAAGCUACCUAGCCCGGGACUCGAGAUCGAAGCAGCGGAUCUGGCAUGCUUCAUGGGUGGCUGUGAGCCAGGUCUCAAGAACUGCCCGAAGCAUCGUCGGUCGGAUUCAACAUCAGUCAGAAGUGCAUCCAUGGAUAAGCGAAUCGACGAGGACUUCAGAUCGAUACCUGAAAGCCUGGCAAAGUUGGGAAUUUCCGUCAAGAAAAUGAAAGCUAGAUCAUCAUCGUUCAAUGCCCCCCUUGGCAGCGACAGAUCUGCUGGGUCUUCAGACAAUGGCGAAUUGGACGACUCGAGAAAGGAGAUGCGCAAAUCCUUUGAAAGGUCCCCAGGUUCUUUACGAAAAAGCGUACGAUCACCAAUCGAUAGAGCAUUAUCACCUAUCAGCAGUGUGACUUCUGGGUCCACCAUGGAUGCCUUUCCACUCGCUGCCCUGUCAUCGGAACUUGCAGCAAUGGAGGGGUCGAUUGCACCGUUCUCAACGACUGUUGCAACAAAUUUCAGUUUGCCAGGCUAUAAGCAAAAACGUGCAUCACAGUCACUACGGACUAAACUUGCGGAAAUUUCAGCUCGACUUGACCAUGGAUCUUCCCAGCAAGCACCCAAAUCUGCCGACCAACUCGCCUCAGACGAGGCCAGCAAAUCAGAAGUACCUACAACAUUAAGUACUAGUCGAGUUCCGACCAAUGUUUCCAUUUCUGUCGUGCAGCCUGUAUUCGAGCAAACACCGUCCGGUGAAGAUCCAAGAUCGCGUCAAUCUCGAACAUCUAUCCCUCGAAAGCCAGUCCCCGCAAAUGAUUUGGACAAGAGUCAGGGAAGCCUGGGUCAAGGUGAAACAAAAUCCAGAGUCUCAUUUACCAGCGAUGAGCAGGCAGCACAUCAUGAUAUUGGUCAGAAAGUGCCAAGUCUAUCCAUAACCCCAAAGGUAACUGGUGGAGCGAGAUCUCGAAAGCAAUCAGAUGAUCAACAAAGUGAUUCCCUCAGGGAAAGGAGAUCCGAUGCCUCACUGAGAUCUAACACUGCUUCAUUGAAAUCAAAGCCAUACAGUCCGUCACUCCUUUCAGGAGCCUCUCGGACCUCGGUCAUCCGGCAUGCACUCUUGAAGUCUUCCGCCGCAGACACUUCACCAGUCGAUACGGGUUUACCUGUACCUCCUCUUCUGUCUGCAAUUUCAAGCAUGUCAGAACAGGUUAUGCCAACUGAGCUUGCAUAUGACGAAAUCUUGAAGUCAGCUGGAAGUGAUUCGAAGGGCAAAGCUUUGCAAAGAGAUACCGAGUAUUUCGAUACGACUGAAUCAAUGGGACGGGAUAUGAAGGACAAAUCCGGCAUUAGCACGUCCUUUCCAAAGUCGUCCGCUAAAGAAGUAGCAAGUCCCAAAUCGGUUGACUUGGGCGACAAGAUGGUAAGCCAGCCUAGUGAGACUGCCAGCAAUGGAGCAGGAGCUGGUCUCGGCAGUCCUCCAAGCCACACCAGAGAUUUGACACAAUUUCCAAUAUCUAGCCACCUCACAGAUCUCCAGAAAGCAAAAGACUUGGUCGACAACGCGCGUGGCCGAAUUCAAGAAGCCGAGGAGCAGAUGAUCCAGGCCAUGGCAUUUGAGAAACAAGAAGGCCAUGGUCCUGCCGCAACCAAGCAUAUAGAUAUUUGCAAUCUUGACCAAAAUAGGGCUGAGGAUGCGCUACGUGCGGUAUCAAAAGCAGGGAAGGUUCUCGAUACCUCCACCAGUGGCUUGAUUUCACCCAGAUCGUAUGUUCUAGGCGAAUGUGAAUCCCCAGAGGGAGGUAUGGCCGAAAAAGCAGCUUCUCCAGCAGCUGUGGGUGGAGAUGAGCCUGUGUCUAAACCUGGACAUGAGAGUUCACAUAAAGUUUCCGUUGGUUCAGUGGACACGAAAAUAAGCUCUGCUCCCGUGCCAGAACAGAGUGAUAAACUUGUCAAGCGGGAAGAGCCAAGCCGAAGUCAGCCACCUGUAGAAACCUCAAAUGCAGAGUACUGGGGUUUUGUUCCGGCCGUCAAAGAAGCAGUACAGAAUGCAGUUCAAAUCGCGGUUCGAAAUGCCGUCCAAGACAUUGUUGUGCCACCUGGAAUGGACCAAUCUUCGAACGAGUACCGCCAGCUCGUUUCAGCUUCUCUAACCCGAGCAUCCAAGAAUGCAGACAACUACAUUCAACAUGUAGCUGCGCGAAAUACAGUACCACCAUCUGAAAACGAUUCUGAGACUCCUGUCGUCUUUUCAGGUCAGAAGUAUGGUCAGCCAUCUACACUUGAGACAGCAUUAUCGCGAGAACCUCCCAAACAGCCGCCAGAAAGCUCUCAGCUCAUCGCUGGCCCUUCACCAAGUCGCAGCCCGGUCCCUGCAUCGGUUUCUUCCCGAGAAAAUGAUCGUGGAGGGGUCCAUGAGCAGACGAAAUCCGACUCGGCGCGUCAGGAACAGAGCCCACGACGUCUAUCUGUCUCCCAUCAGAAUAUCGUACUGUCUCCACGACCAUUUUCACCAACAGAGUUAGAAUCGAUCCCGCUCGAUUCCGACAACAAAGCACCUUUCGACGAUGACAACCAAGCUUGGAAAAUCUCUCAGGCUUAUGCAUCGAAGAAGCGCUCAUCUGCUGGAUACACAGCAAUUCCGACUCGUCACUCUUCCAGAAAUCGGGUGCUGAGCCCCAAAACGAAAGCUACAAAUUCAAUGGCGAGUAUCUCAGCUCAGGGAUCUCUCAUGGGAUCUCGUAAACGAUCGUUCGAACUUCUAAUCUCUAGAGGUGGUCAAGGAUUACGUUCAAUAUCGUCAGCUGGCUCACUAAGAAGUGCCAAAUCCGAAGACAACGAGAAGGAUGCUGUGGAGUUGACCCCUUUGAAUCCAGUACCCAAUCGCCGCAAGAGCAUGAGCUCCGCUUCUCUUUCGGGGGAAAAGCUUGGCCGUAAGAAUACUGUGCACUGGCUUAAGGAUCUAUUGUCUACAAAUGGGCCAUACGAGACACGAUUCACAGCUUUGCCGCCAAGAACACGAGGUGGUCGGCCUGAAAGAUCCCACACUGCUCCUGUGAAGCCUGCCGAUGAGCUGUUUCAGGAAAGAACUCCUGAUCCUGCGAAUCUUGCGAAGGGUAUUACCAAGCCACAAUCGACCAAGGCGCGGAAUGAAAAGCGAACCGAUAUAUCAGAGACCUUCACCCGAACAAUCAAGGAUCUUGAAAAUCUCAUGAAUGAGGCUCUCCAUAUUGCUAGGCAAGCAACCGAUAGUCCCGAGAUAUGUACUCUGCAAGACGGACUUGAGAAAUCCAUCAAUGUUCUGAACAAUAGCCAGAAGGGUCAAAUCAAGGGACGAGCAGAUCUCACACCCCGUCCACUGCCAGAUCGGACUCAAUCAAGGAUCUCUGCCAUUCGCUGCUCAGAUUCGGAUUCAAGUGACGUGAGCAUACACGAGAGCCUGCGGAGUUAUUCUGGGAGCAGCGGUUCUGAUCAGAGUGACGAAGAGUAUGAUCCCAGCCCAACUCAAGUCCGAAGCAUCACAGUCUCGGCUAGGAAGCUCCCUUCGAGGCACGCAUCUGGUUGGCCGCCCACAGGUCGGGUCUCAACACCUUAUCCUCCCGCAUCAGUUACCCAGUCGCGGAAUUCGAUUGUUGUCGAGCCUCAACCUGAGCAAGACAGAAAUGAUUCCAUUGAUCAAAUCAGGGCAGCAGAUCCCCGCUCGAUGCGUACUGAGACCAACGUAGACAUCACCAAGAUGGAUACAGCUUCACGCCAUCAGCCAUCUAAUCAGAAGAGUAAUGCUGAAGUUCAAUCUGGUUCAAGACGAAUGAGUGCUGCAACUUUCCCACCAAUGGGGCUCGAGAGCGAUGAGGUAUAUGUUGAAGAUACGAGACCAGAGUUUAAGACCUUGGAGCCAUUUAGUACGGAGCGACAAAGUACCAGUCACCGUAAGAGCUCAGCUAAGUCUCCCAGGCGCCUGAGCCCCAAGAGAGCAACUGUCGUUAGCAGUAAUGAUAUCGAUUCUAAAGACACGGUGAUGACAGGCGGUAAUGGUCGUACCGGAUCAAAUGGACCUGGGCCUCUGCCACAGCUCACCCCUCGUCGAGGAACAGGAUUUGUUCCAGUUUGUAUCAAGGAGCAUUCCGAGGAGGAUCAUCAGGCCAUUAGGGCAAAACUUGCUGCCAAAGAGGUUCCUGGAAAGCAAGAGGUACGCGACUACAUACUUUACAAUCGCCAUCCUCCGAUUACCCCACGAGCCAGCUCCAUGAUGUUGAGAAAACGAGCUGACCCACCACAGUCGACAUCGCAUGUCAUGUCUGGUCAAACCACGCGGACUGGUCAGACUUAUAAUUGGCAGGACAUCGACCAUACCAAGAUCGAGCCUUGCUCGCAGGCAGAGACCAGAAGACAAACGGUCGUGCCGGAGCCACAAAUCAUUGAUCCAAAUAGACGGCGUUAUUCACAUAGUCUAGAUGGAUCUUUCAUGACGCAUAGCGAAGUUCUCGAUUUCGACACCGGGUAUGGAGUUCGACACCGUGGAGGGGGAGGUGAAUCUAGUAGAGCACAUGAGGCGAUAGAAUUACGUGAUAGCCCAGGUUCAGACCUUCCUCAAACUACAAAGGGAGUACAGAGCAGCAGUAGUAAGCAAAAUCACUUUUCUCUUGGUGGAAAGAGACACGUCAGUCUCAGAGAUAAUCAUAUCAAAGGAUUCAGUUUGGCCAGGACCCACAAGAGACAAAAAAUUGCCAGAGACUGGUCUCCAGGCCGAAAGCGAUUUGUUGCAACUGUUGCAUGUAUCAGCACUGCCUUGAUUGGUAUUUUAGUGGGUAUUUAUGCUGGAGAAACACCUGCAAUACAGUAUUACAUCGUCGACUUCCAUCACUACACUGUUCUCGGUAACGUCUUCUUCUUCGUCGGUUUAGCAAUCCCUACUUUCUUGUUCUGGCCACUACCCCUCCUUCACGGACGUAAGCCAUACAUUAUGGGCUCCAUGUCUAUCGCCAUGCCUUUACUUUUCCCACAAGCUCUUGCAGUUGGCGAAUUUCGAUCGCCGUAUGUGGCAACAUGGAGAGUUGGCCUCAUCAUGUCUCGAGCUCUGAUGGGAUUCUGUCUUGGUUUCGCCAACAUGAACUUCAAGCAAAUGCUCACGGAUCUAUUUGGUGCUUCGUUGCAAAGUACCAACCCUCAUCAGGAGCAUGUCGAUGAGUUUGAUGUUAGGCGGCAUGGUGGUGGUAUGGGAGUUUGGCUUGGCCUCUGGACUUGGUGUGCUCUGGGCUCCAUUGGCAUCGGAUUCAUGAUCGGAGCAGUCAUCAUCAACACCUUGAAUCCGGCUUGGGGCUUCUAUGUCAGCAUAUGCAUCAUUGCAUUUGUGAUGUUACUGAACGUCUUAUGCCCUGAGGUGCGACGUUCGGCAUUCAGAAGAUCCGUGGCUGAAGUGGUCAAUGACGGAGACGUGUCUCGCAGACUAGCCCGUGGUGAAGUCAAAAUGUACAUGGUUCAGACUGGUCCCAAAUGGUGGGGUGAAGAGUUCCAUUUCGGUGUCAUGCUUAGCCAGAAGAUGUUGCGGCAGCCAGGGUUUCUCAUCAUGGCAUUGUAUACUGCUUGGAUUUAUGGACAACAAGUACUCAUUACCUUGCUGCUGGGUGCUUUGAUGUCCAAAGAUUACAAAUUCACAUCUCCACAGGUUGGUGCCGCUGGCCUGGCGAUACCUGUGGGUGCUCUUAUUGCCAUACCAUUCCAGAAGGCGUCUCUGUUCAGUCGAGCUCGUCAAAUAGCUCCUGUGAGUGAUGACGGUACUUUCAAGAAGAAGAUAUCAUGGACAUCACAUAUGGUCCGACGAUCUAUCUUCGUCUUGUGUCUUCCGCUUGCCGGUGUCGCAUAUACUCUGUCAUCUGGUGGUCCUCCAAUUCCGUUCAUCCUUCCCGUUCUAUUCGCUGCCUUGGUCGGGUUCUUGUCAAAUCUUGCCAUGGCGGAAUGUCACGGGAUUAUCAUGGAAACAUUCGACACAUCCGACCUUCAGCCCGGAAUGACCGGGCGCAGCAGAGGAUCCGCUGGUGGUAAAGCUACGAGCAAGCGAACAAACUAUUCGUCCUUUCCGCGGGUUGCUUCUGGGUUUGCAAUUACCCAGGGCUUCGGAUAUUUGAUUGCUGCAGCUUCUUCUGGCGUUGGAGGUGUUCUCACAAGACACCUUGGUCAACAAGCUGCUACUGGUGUCAUGGCAGGUAUACUUUUCGUCCUUUCGAUUUUGCUUCUGGGGACAUUGAUUCGCUACACCAAUGUGCAGAUCAUCCCAGACUCGAAAAAAGAUGAGAUGGAGCGAUAUCACUCUGCCCGUCGAACCUCAGCUCUUCGACAACAAGAAGGCAUUGAGGAGGAUGAGCCAUGGCGUCCCAUCAUCAUCGGUAAUCCUCACCACACUACGCGUCGCAUGUGCCUCCUCGAGCUUGGUAGUCUUUCACGCUUCAGCGAGAUCAGACUCAAGAACAAGUUGGUUGACGAACAAAGUCUUGAAGCCAAGCAUCCGAACCAAGCAGCCAUGCAUGAGCUGAAGCACAAAAUUCACGAAAAAGAGAUGGAAGUCGUCAAUCAUGUUCGCAGAAGCUUGAGUCGACAUAGCUCUAGAGGAAGUAAGCGGAGCCGGAGUGAUGGGCCUGAACAAGGCGACCUUGGAGGACACCGAGAGAUGCUGAAUCGUGGGGGGUCGGGAAACGGUUCCGGACGGGCAGCUCCCUCCAGAGGAGUGAGUGGCAGAGAGAGCGCACGGAAGGGAACGAGUAUGGCGAGGAAGGUUAUCGAAGAGUAACUGCUGGAAAUGUCAAGCAGAAGACUGUGACUUUUGCACCGGACCUCCCUAUUGCUGGGCAGCGUGGUGAAGGAACUUGGUUGACGGAAUUGUUCAAUUUGAUACUUGGGCUGUUUGUUACGGUCGUUGAAGUGGUAUGGAAGUCACUUGGCGCUAGAGGAGGUGUGCAGGAAGCUGAGGAGUAUGGUGGAGGUUUCCAGGGUUGGUAUUGGCGAGGAAGUGUGUAUUCGCUGAGUGGUGAGUUUGUUGAGAGAAGGAGGGUUGAGGGUUGAGGAUCAAACAAUAACCUAGAAACGACAUUCUUAAACUUGGGCUUUGACCCCAUCAGAUG